AUGGAAGGCUGUCCACGUCUUCCUGCAAUAAAUUUCGAUUUAAAAUUAUCUAUAGAAUCAAUUGAUUUAUGUGAAAAAAUUCCAAAUUAUAUAACAGCUAAUUAUCAAGAAAAUGGUGCCAAUUUUUCUAAUGAAUGUGAACAAAUAAAUCGUCUUCGAGAAAAUGCUAUUAACUGUUCAACAGAUGAAUCUAGUGUACGAUGUCUUAAACGUUACUAUUGUCAAUUACAAUUAUUACGUAAUCGUUUUCCUAUGUUACCUGAUACAGAAUGUUCUGUUCGAUUUACAUGGGAAGAUGCAUUUCAAAAAGAUGAAAAUACAUAUAAUGAUAUUCGAUUUGAAGAAGCUUGUAUUUUAUAUAAUAUUGGAGCAAUAUACUCAAGAUUAGGUGCCAAUGAAACAAGAAAAACACAUGAAAGUAUGAAAAAUGCUUGUACUGAUUUUCGAUAUGGAGCUGCAUGUUUUGAAAAAUUACGUGAUCAAUAUACACCAUAUUCAACAGAUUUUACACCGGAAUUAUUAACAUGUCAAGUUGAUAUACUUUUGGCUCAAGCACAUGAAGCUGUUCUUGAGAAAUCAUUACUUGAUCAACGACCACAUUCAAUUAAUGCUCAUUUAGCCAUGCAAAUAUCGGAGUAUUAUCAAAUGGCACUUGUAAAUCUCAUGAAACCAGGAAUUAAUUCAAUUGCAUCAAAAAUAUUUCGUGAAUGGCGUGUUGCUUUGACAUAUAAAUUAUCAUAUUAUCUUUCAAUAACAUAUUAUUGUAAUGGUUUAAUAGCUGAAGAAAAUAAAAAACAUGGUGAAUCUGUUUGUUAUUUUGAAAAUGCUAUUGAACGACUUAAAGAUGGAUGGAAAAAUGCAGAAAAAAUAUCAACAGAUAAAACAAGUAUAUAUAAAGAUGCACAUACAUUUACGAUUGAUAUUAUCAUGGGAAAAUAUAAAAUAGUUAAACGUGAUAAUGAUAAUGUUUAUUUUGAAAAAGUACCAGCAUUAUCAAGUUUACCAACUGUACAAGGUAAUUUAAUUAAAGUAAUAUUACAAAAAAAAAGACAACUUUUUGUGUAUAUUAUUAUUAAAGGAGCUAUUGUAGCUAAACCACAAGCAUUUGAUUGUCAUGAUCCGGAUGUAUCUGGACCGGAUAUUUUUCAAAAACUAGUACCAAUGGAUAUACAUUUAGCUGUAUCGGAAUAUAGUGAGGAAAAAGCGAAACUUCUACGUGAAAUAAUUCAAUUAAUGGAAAAUAAAAAUCGAGAACUUGAAACAUUUAUGAAUUGCUUACAAUUGGAUCGUAUUCCAUUAAAUAAUGAAUAUCUUCGGUUACCACGCGAAUUACUCGAUUGUUGUGCUACUAUUGUUACACGUCCGAAUAUGUCUAAAGAUCUGGUUUCAACUAUGCAGCAACUUAAUAGUCAACAUCUUGAUAUAACCGAACAGAUUAAUGAAUUCGAACAAUUGCUUCAAAGUUUUGAAGAAAAUAAUGAAUCAAUAAAAUCCAAUAAAGAAUUCAAAGAUCUACAAAUAAAUCUUAAAACUAUUCGUGAAAUGAUGUUACAAGCAAAUGAAAAUAACACUGAAUUACAUCAACAUAUGACAACAAUAAUUGAACAUUUAAAAAUUCUUAAUUUGCCACUUGAACAAUUAGAAAAAACUUUACCAAUUAUCACUGAACUUGAUGAUGAAACAAAUAAAUCUAAAUUAGCAUGUCUUAGAUUAUUAAAUGAAAAAGUUGAAACAAUGAAAAAACAACGUGAAACAUUAUUAAAUGAUUUUCGUAAGAAGAUUGAAGAUGAUGAUAUAACAAAAUUUGUUCUUAUGCGACGACAAGAAAAUCAUAAAAAUUUAUUUUCUGAACAAAUUAAAAAACAUGAAGAAUUUAUUAAUAUUAUUAAACAAAAUUGUACAGCGCAAGAUAAUAUUUUGCAUUCAUUAACAGAAGCAAAUGCAAAUAUUGCUAAUAUAAGAACAAAAAUUUCAACUACAUUGGAAGCUCGUCAUCGAUUAAUUGAUGAAUAUAUUCAUUCAUCUAAAUUAUUUGAUGAUACUUUAUCAAAAGCACAUGAAGGAACUGAAUUUUAUAAAAAACAAAGUGUAAAGUUAAAAUCACUAAACGAACGUCUCACUACUUUACAUUCUCAACAAUCAUCAAAAAUUAUAUUAAAUCAAGAAAUAUCAUCUCAACAUAACAUAUUGAAUCGUGAUAUAGGUUCACCAAUUAUUCCUGAUCGACCACGUCUUAAAGAUUAUUUAGCUGCUAUGAAACCUGAAACAUGGAGUUCAAAAACAAAUCGAUCAUCAAUUAAAGUCGAAGAAAAUAUGUAUAUGCCACCGACAAUGCCAGCUAUAAAUACGAAUACUAGUUUUUAUACUGAUCGAGUAUUACCAACCGGUCCUGUAUAUUCAAAUUUUUCAAACAUAACUGAACAAAAGUUUACAACUUUACCAGCAUUUAAUACACAUAAUCAAUUUUCAGUACAAUCAUCAAUUCCUUUUGAACAAACAUCGAUGCCUUUUCGAUCAUCACCAUCAUCAAUUUCAACAACACAAACAUCAUUACCUUUUUCAUUUGAACAUUCAAUGUCAUAUCAAAAACCGACGUAUAAUCAAUCGAAUUCAUUUGAUCAGAAUUCAACUUUAUUUGCUCAAAAUUAUAGUAGUCAACUUCCAAUGACCUAUAAUCCUCUUGAUGCUCAAUCAUUUCCUCAACAACAACAACAACAGUUCUAUCCUUCACAACCUUUUCAAUCUCAACAAUCAGUUUAUCAACCUUUUAUACAUCAUCAAUUAACUCAACCAACACCACAAACUUUCUCAAGUCAUCAAUCAGAUUUACAAUAUCCGUCCAAUUAUCAGUGCCAAAAUUUCAGUGAUUCAAAUCGUACUAUUCAACAAUCUUUACCAGCAUUGCCAACUAAAUAUGAUCCAUAUCGUCCACAACCAAUUGGUGCAUAUGACAUUCCAACAACACGACCAACAACAUUUCCACCACCUCUUAUUCAUCCUCAGGAUGUUUACCGUCCAGGUGGUUUACUUGGAAUAAAUCAAACACAAAUUUCAUCACCAUUAAUGACUUACAAUAAUAAUGAUCAAAGUCAAUUUGUGCAAUAUAAUCCCGCUUCUUCUGCUUCUGUAUCUUCUUCUUUUGCUAAUUUAUCAAUAAAUUCAAUGUCAAAUCAUUAA